GCUGGUGCUGAAAGUAAUGUUUUCACUCAAAAACUAAUAUUUGUUUUUGCAAAAAAUAACAGUUAUCUUGUGUUUUGAGUUGAGUUGAUCGAGUAUUUUUAGUUCAGCUUUUAUUUUUCGGAUUUGUUGCAUUAUUUUGGCUACUUACGAGAUCAAACAAAAUCGAUGAAGAUGUUAUGUCUCUGCUGGCAUUAGCAUCCCUUUUGAUGGUCAGACAUCGGACGCCCUUAUCAGCACGCCCUGUUUGCUCGCACUCAUUAUUUUUUUUUCGUUAAUUUUUUCUUCGUUUAUCAAAGGCAGUCCGGUGUAAUAAUUUGUGCCAACUGAGAAAAUCAAUCACUCGACAUCCACGCAAGCACCUCUUGUUAAUCGAAUACUACCGCGCGAGCAUUUUGUUAUCACCAUUAUUUUAUUUGCCCGGACUAAAAAACAUUCCAAAGGGGUACGUUACAAGGGAGCUUCAUAUUGCAUUACAAUCUGCAAUUAUCAAAUAGUAACCAGCUGAGGUGCAAAUUAUUUCAUCUCCUGGACCACGACCACAGUUUGUAACCCAAAAUUUUCCUGACCAGAUAUUGGUCGCCUCCAGACACAACAACCCCCGCUACUCUUUGUCUUUGUUCCGCCGCUCCUCUUUAUUUAGUUACCAACUAGUGUUACUUUAUUACUCUUUCUUGCAAGACUAUUUGUUUGCAUUUAUUGCCUCUCCUCGCCUUAUUGAAUCGACUAGCUGUACCAAGUUCAAUAUUACUCUCCGUGCUCUUAUAUUAUCUGCACUGCUUUGCAUAAAAAGAACUCAAGUGGUUAGAUAACUUUGAACUUAGCCGCCUGUCUGUCUGUCGCAAUGAGGCUGAAGUUGAAGACUUGGAUCAAAUUCUGUGCUGUUUUUACUACAUGUCUUUUUCUGGUGCAUUAUUUUGUAGUUGAAUCGGACGGUGAAUUUGGCGAAGAGGGAGAGAGCAACCCAAAAUUCAAACGCAUGAGCGAGGAUGAUUUGCCUGGCGUGGUGAAGACAGAUGCUAAGCGCACCCUUCACCCGCCAAUCAUGAGAUCGCAACUGGGCAACUUUGAGAAACCGAAGAGCCACAGAGAGGGACCGGGCGAGUUCGGAAGGCCAGUUUACGCUGAGAAGGCAGAGAAGGAUGAAGAGCAGAAGAAGAUCAAAGAGAAUGGCUUCAACAUGUUUGUGAGCGACAAGAUAUCCUACGACAGAGAAGCGAAGGACUUGCGAGAACCAGAGUGCAAAAAUUGGGACUACCCUACACUUCUGCCGAAUGCCUCCGUCAUCAUUGUGUUCCACAACGAACCACUUGGCACUGUAAUUAGAACGGUGCACUCCGCCGUCAACACAAUUCCGUCAGAGUAUCUGGCUGAAGUGGUUCUCUUUGACGAUGCCAGUUCCAGGGCCAAUCUGGCCACACCUCUUGAAGACCACAUGAGCGAAACUUACGGCGACUUGGUGAAAAUAGUCCGGAGUCAGAAGAAAGGCGGUCGUCAGGGUUUGAUCCGAGCGAGGAUAUUAGGAGCUGAAGCUGCAACUAGAGGUCAAGUUUUGAUAUUCCUCGACGCUCACUGCGAAGCCAGUCCGAACUGGUACCCACCUUUGGUGACCCCGAUUGCCCUAAAUAAAAAAGCAGUAACAGUUCCCCUUGUUGAUGUAAUUGACGCGAUGACGUUCGAAAUGAGACCUCAAUCGCGAGAACAUGCUCAGGGUGGAUUUGACUGGGACUUCAAUUACAAAAGAUACGAUGUGCCUAAACGAGAGCUAGACAAACAUAAAUACACAAGCGAACCUUAUUGGUCUCCAGUGAUGGCAGGCGGUCUGUUCGCAGUGGACAAGGACUUCUUCUGGGCACUGGGGGGCUAUGACAGGGGACUGGAGAUAUGGGGGGCCGAACAGUACGAGAUAUCGUUCAAAGCCUGGAUGUGUGGCGGUGAAGUUUUGUUUGUGCCUUGUUCUCGAGUGGGACACAUCUACAGACCAUACGUGCCUGGAUACAGAGCCUACGAUCCCGCCCCUGGACCAACAGCGCCUGGAACUGAGGGAACUUCAUGGGGAGACCUGAACCACAUGCGAGUGGCGGAAGUGUGGAUGGAUGAGUACAAGCAGGACUUCUACAUUUCUAGACCCAAUUUAGUGGGCAAAAACUACGGGGAUGUGUCUGCCAUGAAGAAAAUCAGAGAGCAGUGUAAUGCGGAUAAGGAGAGGAACUCGUUCAAGUGGUUCAUGGAUAAUGUGGCCUAUGAUCUUCCCAAAUACUACCCCAGACCACACAAGAACAUCAUUUGGGGAGAGUUGAAAAAUGUGGGUGUUGGAGGGUGCCUGGACAGGAUGGGGGUACCGUAUGGGAAUGAAAUAGGGGCCAGUGGGUGCCACGGGUUCAGCUCCAGUCAGGCGUGGAGAGUGACAGAGGGCAAGGAGCUGAGGUGGAAUGAGCACUGCACCAAUGCCAGAGGAGACACCCUCGUCAAUGUAUUCUGCCACGGCACUCAAGACUUCUUCAUUUGGGAAUACAAUAAGGAAACACUACAGCUGAAGAAUAUCAAGGGUAACACAUGUGUGGAGCAACUCUCAACUCAGCCGAGCAAGAUCAAAUUGAGACCAUGCGACCCAAGCAACCCAAAUCAACAGUGGCGAAAUAAACCUACUCUAUAGCUAGAUGCGAUACCUACACAUACAGUUGAAGUGCUGAUGGUAGAUGGUGUCUUAAUAUUCAGAUUCGCAGUAGAAGUACGAUCUGAAUCAUAAAAAAAGACGAAUAUGAGACCAGACUUAUUGUGGAUAAUCAUCCUUAAUUGUGACAGGUUUUGAAGAGGGUUCCAAAAAUAUUGUAGGAAAAGUGACAGUGCUCUCAAUUUUACCUCACAAUGUUUUAUCGCAUUAUUAUGUUUGUGAUGUCAUAUCGUUUUCUCGGUUCAGUUUGAUGGGUUUUAGUUUUUAUCCGGUGUUCAAUUUUUUUCCACCUACAGAGCUCUCAUUUAAUCUUAAAUCUUCAUGAAGUGCAAUGUUUAUUAUUUAUUUCCAUAAAAGCUCCCGCACUUGAAAACUACUGUCCAUUGUAUUAUUAGUUCUACAGGUGUAAGAUAUUAUUUAAUUUGAUUGAUAAAAUAUCAACCAAGGUGCUAACAAGGUUUAACUUUUAAAAGAGCUCUCUUAUGAUAGUGCACUGAGGUUUUUGAUAGCCGCCAAAUAUUGAUGACUUUCUCGCUGUUUCCAAAAUAUACAUUUGUUCUGUUGACUCACCAGUCCUGUUGUAUACAUAUCAUCGUUGGUUGUGUUUUAAAUCGAUUUAUCUUAGAAUUAAAAAUCAGUACUGA